AUGACGAUCGUUGAAAAUCCGAUAAACCGGCAAAGGCCGAUUGUAGUAACGAACCCCGAAAUUAUAGACAUCGACUACGACGAAGUCCCCGAACUUCCUCUUGCCGAACAAAAGGUAGUCGACUUAAUUCCACAAGUCAAAGAACAACAGAAAUUCAAGAUAGGGAUAUGGCCUGUUGUUAAUACAAAAGUGAGAGGGACGAUGAAACACAACAACAUUGCAUUUGAAGUUGUUUCUUAUGAGGCAAGAAACAAAUACGAACGAUACCCAAGGUAUGGGUAUUACAUCUCAAAUUUCAAUUUUAAUAUUAGAAACGACACAACGAAGGAGUACACGAUGGAACAAUACACAGAAGAUAUUGCUAUGUCUCACGAGUACUACGAGAUUAGUGCUGGGGAGUUACCAACAAAGUAUGACUAUAUAUUUAUACCUCCAGUCGGUGUUACACUCAACGACAAAAUCGCAGAGAAACUCUACACUUUCUUGAACGCUGCAACACAAACUAAUACGGAGGCGUGCGUGUACCAAACGUAUAUGUCUGAAGAGGAAAGAAUUAAAAAUCGAGUCUAUCACAAGUAUAGAGGAUAUAUGCCUAACUUCCCAAAGAGAACACACAAGAGUAUCAGCGGGUUACUCUUCAAGGGAAGUAUGUUAGAACUCUUGGAAGAGUAUGGAAAAGUUCUGUACUUCAUCUCAAGGUUCGACACUAACAUCCAACAUUACUGUGAAAUCGCCGAUAAGGAAAUCUUCGUGGCUCCUGAAAACAUUUACGAACUGCCAACUCACAACUUUUUCAACUAA